AUGUACUCGACGCCGGGGCUGCCGGCGCCGGGGACCGCGCUGGCCCUGCGGGUGUCCUUCGUGGACGUGCAGGCGGAGGUGAUCCCGGUGCGGCUCUGGGGGCUGGUGGGCGAGCGGCGGGAGCAGUACGUGCGGCUGAGCCGGGAGAUCCAGGAAGCGGCGGCGGCGCGCGGCCCGUGGGCGCUGGGCGGCGCCGCGGCCUCGCCGGGCGAGCUGUGCCUGGUGCGGGUGGGGCUGCUGUGGCACCGCUGCCGCGUGGUCAGCCGGCAGGCGCAGGAGAGCCGCGUCUUCCUGCUCGACGAGGGCCGCACCGUUACGGCCGGCGCGGGCUCGCUGGCGCCGGGGCGCGGCGAGUUCUUCCAGCUGCCCUCCGAGGCGCUGGGCUGCGUGCUGGCCGGCCUGGUGCCCGCGGGCGGCGCGGGCAGCGGCGAGCCCCAGCACUGGCCGCCCGGCGCCGUGGACUUCCUUAGCCAGCUGCAGGGCAAGGAGGUGCACGGCCGCGUGCUCGACGUGCUGUGCCCCCAGCGCCUGGUCCUCCUGGACGUGCCUGGCCUGUGCCAGCAGAUGCAGGAGCUGGGCCUGGCCCGGCAGGUGCCCGACAGCCUCUUCCACCUGCUGCUCAAGCGCUAUCUCAAGGCGGCCGCGGCUGGCGUGGGCCCCGGGGCCCCGGCCCUCCCGCAGGGCCUGCCGAAGGCGCAACAGCCGGGCCUGGAUUACUUCUACCCGCAGCUGCAGCUGGGCGUGACGGAGCCCGUGGUAGUGACCCAGGUGUGCCAUCCCCACCGCAUCCACUGCCAGCUCCGGAGCCUCUCGCAGGAGAUCCACCGCCUCUCCGAGAGCAUGGCCCAGAUAUACCGGGCUUCCACAGGGACGCGAGAUGAGAACUCUACCAGUGCCACCUGGGAGGAGAGGGAGGAGAGCCCAGACAAGCCGGGCUCCCCGUGCGCAUCCUAUGGAUUGGAUGGACAUUGGUACAGGGCGCUCUUGCUGGAGACUUUUCGGCCCCAGCGCUGUGCCCAGGUGCUUCAUGUAGACUAUGGAAGGAAGGAGCUAGUGAGUUGUAGCAGCCUUCGCUACCUGCUGCCUGAAUAUUUUCGAAUGCCUGUGGUGACCUACCCUUGUGCUUUGUAUGGACUCUGGGAUGCUGGGAGAGGCUGGUCUCGGUCCCAGGUCGGUGACCUGAAGGCACUGAUACUGGGCCACGCAGUGAAUGCAAAGAUUGAAUUUUACUGCUCCUUUGAGCAUGUGUAUUAUGUCACCCUGUAUGGAGAAGACGGGAUUAAUCUUAACUGUGUUUUUGGAGUACAGUCCUGUUGCUUGGCUGACCGAUUCCUUCAGAGCCAGGGAAUUGAGGAGGAGGAGGAGGAGGAACCAGAAACAGCUCUUCAGUCCUCGUCUCCUGCUGAAGAAGUGGAUGAAGAGAUGUCCCUCCCAGCCUUAAGACCCAUCAGGUUAAAGAUGAACGCCUUCUAUGAUGCCCAGGUAGAGUUUGUUAAAAAUCCUUCAGAGUUUUGGAUUCGGUUGAGGAAACACAAUGGCACCUUCAGCAAAUUGAUGAGGAAAAUGUGCAGUUUUUACUCCUCGGCCAGUAAGCUGGAUGGGGUCGUUUUGAAACCCGAACCUGAUGACCUUUGCUGUGUCAAAUGGAAAGAAAAUGGCUAUUUUCGGGCUACGGUCACCAGAUUAGAUGAGAAAAGUGUGGAUGUAUUCUUAAUUGACCGUGGCAAUUUGGAAAACGUGGACUGGUAUGACGUGAGGAAGCUGCUUCCUCAGUUUAGGAAGCUCCCAAUAUUGGCUCUGAGGUGCACCCUGGCUGACAUUUGGCCUUUGGGGAAGAGUUGGAGCCAGGAGGCAAUUUCCUUUUUUGAAAAGACUGUACUGCACAAAGAAUUAGUUAUCCAUGUCCUUGAUAAGCAAGAUAAGCAAUAUGUUAUCGAGAUUCUUGAUGAAUCAAGAACAGGGGAAGAAAACAUUAGUAAAGUAAUUGCUCAAGCUGGAUAUGCCAAGUAUCAGGAAUUUGAAACAAAGGAUAAUAUUCCCUUAACUGCCUGCUCUCCAGGGCGUGUUUCAAACCAUUUCACUUUUGAGAAUAACAAGAUACCUUCUUCCAGUAAGGUAGAAGUAGAACAGAAAGCCAAGAGAGAGAAUAAAGCUACAUCUGUUGCAGAAGCUUUGAGUGACCCAACAGUUGUUGCCAAUGUCUCAGCAGGACUAGUUGUGCAAGAAAAAGAGAAAAGAGUAUCUGUUUAUUCUCCUCUUAUACAGAAUUUCUUGGAAAUGAAGCCAGCUUCCUCUGGUACAGGAGAGCUACAAGUUGGAAGUACAGUAGAAGUCAAAGUGUCUUAUGUGGAAAAUCCUGGCUAUUUCUGGUGCCAGCUGACCCAGAACAAAAAAGAAUUCAAAUCUCUAAUGUGUGAUAUUCAAGACUAUUGCAAAAAUACAGCUACUCCUUACCAGGGAACCACCCCCACUUGUUUGGCAAAACGAACAAUAAAUGGACAAUGGUCCAGAGCUCUGAUUAGCGGAGAACAAUCUUCAGAGCAUGUCACAGUAGUGUUUGUAGAUUAUGGAGACAAAGAUAUGGUGUCUCUGAAGAAUAUUUAUGCAAUUAGUGAAGAGUUUCUCAAGGUUAAGGCUCAGGCUUUUAGGUGCAGUCUUUAUAAUUUAAUUCAACCAACUGGUCACAGUCCUUUUGUUUGGGAUGAAGAGGCAAUACAAGCUUUUAGUGAAUUUGUAGAUAAUGCCGAGGAAGACAAUCUAGAAUUAAAAUGCACAAUAUUUGCUUUGGCUUCAGUACAUGAUAAAGAACUAUUUACUAUCGUGGAUUUGCUAACACCCUUUCAGAGCGUGUGCCAUUUUCUGGUAGAAAAGAGCCUUGCAAGACCAGUAGAACUUCAGAACCCUCUGGAGUCCUCUGUUCAGCUACAUUCUUACUACUAUUCUACACAUGAUGUGAAAAUUGGAAGUGAAGAAUCAGUGUAUAUAACACACGUUGAUGACCCCUGGACAUUUUAUUGCCAGCUGGGAAGAAAUGCAAAUGUUUUAGAACAGUUGUCAUGUAAUAUUACACAAUUAAGUAAAAUUUUGCUGAAUUUAAAAACAUCCCCCUUGAUCCCUGGAACCUUGUGCCUUGCCAAGUAUACUGAUGGAAACUGGUAUAGGGGGAUAAUAAUAGAAAAAGAACCAAAUAAAGUCUUCUUUGUUGAUUUUGGGAACAUUCACAUGAUAACAAAUGAUGAUCUGCUUCCAAUACCUAGUGAUACGUGUGACGUCUUACUUUUGCCCAUGCAAGCUGUUAAAUGUUCGUUGUCUGACAUUCCUGAUCACGUACCAAAAGAAGUUACAACAUGGUUUCAGGAGACUAUUUUAGAUAAGUCAUUGAAGGCUUUGGUUGUAGCAAAAGAUCCAGAUGGAAGACUGAUUCUGGAACUGUAUGAUGACAGUAUUCAAAUUAAUGCUAGUAUUAAUAAGAAGUUAGGGCUACUUGCUUACAAAGAUGGGGAAAGAAAAAAAAAAGAAAAUGACGCACUUCUCUCUACAACCGAAACUCUUGAAGUGAAAAAGGAAAAUAUGAUGAUGUCACCCACAGAGUAUUUAAGUAAAUCAGUAGAGAAGAAGUUACACAGUAUGGAGAUUUUGGGAGAAUCAUACAAACCCAAGAUCAGCUCAGCAUGUAAGGAGCUCAAACUUUUACAAAGUUCAACAAAGACAAACUUAGUCACCCAAUAUCAGUACUCUGUGGGAAAUAAAAAUAAUCAAGUGUCUCCAUUAACAACAGAAAAGAAAGAUGAAAGUUUUGCUGAGCCACCUUUGAAAGCCACAAAACUAGAAGCCAGUCUUUCGGAGAGAAAAAUUGGAGAUUCCUAUAACACAGAUUUGCCUUUAAGAUUUUCUGAGUUCCCUCAGAAGACUAUAAUUUCUGGCUUUAAAACAACUGUAUAUGUUUCUCAUAUAAAUGAUCUUUCAGACUUUUAUGUUCAACUAACAGAAGAUGGAGCUGAAAUUAAUCGUCUUUCAGAGAGAUUAAACAAUUUUAGAACAAGGCCUGAGUAUUAUGCAGGUCCACCGUUACAAGGAGGAGAUGUAAUAUGUGCCAUUUUUCCAGAAGACAAUUUAUGGUAUCGUGCUGUGGUCAGGGAACAACUACCCGAUGACCUUCUCUCUGUACACUUUAUUGAUUAUGGCAAUGUUUCUGUGGUUCACACUAACAAGAUAGGUAAGCUUGACCUUAUUAAUGCACUGUUACCAGGAUUGUGCAUUCACUGCUCCUUACGGGGACCUUGGGUUCCUGAGAUUUUCAACUCUAAGGAAAUGAUGCAUUACUUUUCCCUGAGGACAGGUGAGUCUCAAGUAAGAUGUGAAUUUGUUAGAUUUCAAGACAGAUGGGAAGUUAUUCUUGCUGAUGAACACGGGAUCAUCGCAGAAGAUAUGAUUAGUGGAUAUGCUUUCAGUAAAACAUCUCAGAUAGGACUUUCUACCCAAAUAACUAAAGAUGCCUGUUCAAUGUCUGUCAAGAGAACAGACAUAGACACUUCAGUAUUCCUUAACUGGUAUAAUCCAAAGAUGAAGAUGAUAAGAGCUUAUGCCACUGUAAUAGAUGGACCUGAAUAUUUUUGGUGUCAAUUUGCUGAUACAGAGAAACUUCAGUAUUUAGAAGUAGAAGUGCAGACUGCUGGAGAAAAGGUGACAGACUGCAGGAGUUGUAUCCCAUGUCCGCAUAUUGGAGAUCCUUGCAUAGUGAGAUACAGAGAUGAUGGGCAUUAUUAUAGGGCUCUCAUCACCAAUAUUUGUGAAGAUUAUCUUGUAUCUGUCAGGCUUGUGGACUUUGGAAACAUUGAAGACUGUGUGGACCCAAAAGCCCUCUGGAACAUUCCUUCUGAACUUUUGGUCGUUCCCAUGCAGGCCUUUCCAUGUUGCCUCUCAGGAUUUGAUAUCUCAGAAGGUGUGUGCCCUCAAGAGGGGAAUGACUACUUUUAUGAAAUAGUAACAGAAGAUGUACUGGAGAUAACAAUAUUAGAAAUCAAAAAGGAUGUUUGUGGUAUCCCUUUAGCAAUUGUUGACCUGAAAAGCAAAGGAGAAAGUAUUAAUGAGAAAAUGAAGAAAUAUUCUAAAAUCGGUAAUAGUAACAGUGAUCUGCCUGAUGAAAAAAGUUGCCUAGGCAUAAAGGGAGCUCUUGGGUCCCCCAGUCCUGAUGUUGGACUUAAGAGAGCUAGUAGUAAAGCUGGACAAGAGAAAACACUCUAUGUGGAGUCACAGACGGAUGAGCUCUCUGAAAGAACCGAAAAUGACUUAAACAUCGAGACCAAACCAAGUAAAUUCUAUGACCCUGAAACUGAUGACGUUUUUGAAGCUUUUGAAAACCCACGCAAAGAUAACAUUGGCCCUGAGUUACCAGAAGAUAAAGCAGAGUGCCGUUUUGUUGACAGAGCAAAGUUUGAUGAUAAGUACCUAGUUACAGGAUUUAGCACGUUGUUACCGCGUGCCAGUGAAACAAAGGAGAUAUUAGAACUGAAUUCCCUUGAGGUACCGCUGUCUCCUGAUGAUGAAUCAAAAGAAUUCUUGGAACUAGAAUCCCUUGAACUACAGCAUUCUUUAGUCGGGGAUGAAGAGAAAGAAGAGCUAGGCCUGGUGCCUCCGAUGGUGCCCCUCCCACAAGGCUGUGACACAGAAGCCGCCCUGCAACCAUUUACAGUACAGCUGCCCCUCAACUGUGAAGCCGAGAAACAGCCAGAACUAGAGUUACCGACAGCCCAGUUGUGUCUAGAUGAUAAAAUAAACCCUUUGUCUUUAAGACUUAGUCAGAAAGCCCAAGAAUCCAUGUGUCCUGAGGACACAAGAAAGUCAAGUUGUGUCGAAUGUUUUGAUGACCAGCAUAGGUUAUCAUUGCAUCCACAUGGAAAGAAUUGUGAUCCCAAGCUUCAGAUUGAAAUGAAUGUAUAUCAAGAAGAAUUCACAGCAUAUAAAAGCAGAGAUGCCAUUUCAUCAUUGACUUCUUUGUUCUCUGGAGAAGAAUCCAGAGAUGGAAGGAAACACGGUAAUGCUUUACCAGAUCAUGUGCCAGCUCAACCAGAGAACAUCUACACUCUGAAAGGAUUUACUGUUGGAUCCAAAUGUGUCGUGUGGUCAAGUGUAAGAAACACGUGGUCUAAAUGUGAGAUUUUGGAAAUAGCUGAAGAAGGCACAAGAGUUUUAAACCUUUCAAAUGGUUUGGAGGAGAUGGUGAACCCUGAGAAUGUCUGGAAUGGCAUACCCAAAUCAGAUAAGAGUCCAUCUGAGGCUACAUUCCAAACAUUGGGAAAAGAUCUUGACUUCGUGUCAUCGGAUGAUACCACAAUUAAAGAAAAGGCGUCUGGAGGUGAUACAGAUUUAACUGUGGAUCCAUAGAUGUGGCCAGUCAGGAGCUGCUCUUAAACAAGUGGCAUCUUACCCAGACCAACAGAGCAUUUGAGCAAAUUGAGAGCAUGUAAUCUCAAGAAGUUGUCAUUGUCAAAAAUUUUGAUAUGUGUUGAAAACAAAAUAGACGUCAGGUUGACCAUGCGUGUCCUUAUAGUGGCAUUGCAGUAUAUACAGAUCUGGGAUCUUUCUCCUUCCUUUGAAUGUGCUAUGUUUCUAAUCAGUUGGGAAGAUUUAUUUUGCUAGACAAUUUGCUAACACAUUACUCACAUCUCAAAAAAACUAUUUUGGUUUCUUUUGAAUGCAGUGUUUAAAUUAAAAUAGGAAAUAAUAGGUUUAUGACAAGUAUAUUAUAUGAUGCUACUUAGGAGGAUGGCUUUGUUAGUCAUAACUCCUUCAGAAUUUUUGUUUUCUUUCUGAAGCAUUGCCUUGUUUGUGUAGUUAAACAUUUGGCUAAUAUUUUGUUUGAAUUUGGAAGUAUUCUUAUAUGACAUAAGAUUUGAAUAAAAUUUAUCCUUAAAGGUGUGGUGGUCUCAUUUCAUUAAAAAGGACAUAGGAAUCUGGAAUAUCUGUAGUAAUGGAACCACAAUUCUAUAAUCGGGUGAAACUGCAGUGUUAAACAUUAGCUUUUAUGUGUUAGUCACUUGACUGGUAUUUUAAAUGCAUUUUCUCAUUUAAUCCUCGACUCUGAGAUGUGUAUUAUUAUUAUCCAUAUUUUUUAUAGGUGGGAAAAUUGAAGCUUUUUAGAGAAGUUAAGUAACUUCCUAAGGUCAAAGAGCUAGUGAGCCUCAGAGGCUUGAUCAAACCCAGACCCACCUAACUUGAGAGCCCAUGCUCUCCAAACAUGGUUUUGUGUAGGCGGUCGUAUGCAGAAUGCAGAUCCUACCUUUAGGAAACGAUCUUCGCUAUCUGCUGCUUACUAGAUGUGUGACCUGGGCAGGUUAUAUUAUAUCUUUGAGCCUUGAUCUUCCUCAUCUGCAAAAUGGGGGGAAUAAAACCUUUCUUGCAGUGUUUUUAAGGUUAGGAAUGGUUUACAUAAAGUGCCUGAAAAGGAGUAGGCAUUCGAUGAAUAUUUCCUUCUUUUCCCUGAAAGAUACGCAGUAUGCGCUAUGCUAGGUUUUAAAAAAAAAUCUUAACUCCUUGGAUCCUUCCAGCAUUUAUCUUCUCCUUUCAACCCUGGCAUGUGCCACCAACAAAGGGUUUUAAAGAGGUGCUAUUGAAUGGGACAUCAAAACAAUUGGAAUAGUUAUCCAUUUCUAAGGUGAGUAAGGAGGUUUGCUAUGUAAGAGUGGAGAAAAAAUGUAGGUCUAUGAAACACUAUCAGACCCUGAAGCCUGAUGGGACGAGUGAGAAUUAGGAACCUUAAAAGCUGAGUAUAAUUUCAGUUAGUGGAAAGGAGAAGGUUUUGCAUUAAACAUAGUUGAGGUAGAUGAGUAUACUGCUUGUUCCCGGGAUUAUGAAUAGACAAGUUUGGUUCAUUCACCUAGGAGAUACAGUUGUGAAUUACUGGGAGAAAAUAUCAGAGAAGAUGCUUUAGGGCCAGAUUACAGAAAGCUGCCAGUUUCAUGCUAAGAGCUUCUAUCUAACUCUCUGUUUUAAAAUUUUUAAUCUGAAUGACUAAAGGAUAGGAGAAUCAAAUUUCUCCAAAUGAGUGAUUUUGCACCUUAAAACAUUAAGACAGGCUGGAAGGGCCAAAUCAAAACACAUAGUCACUUAUUAACUGGGCAAAAGGCACAAGUAGAAACAGUUCUAGUUAACCAGGCUUGCUUACUAAGUACUGAUUAUCCCUGUUCACACAGGCUUAAAUUAAACUUAAUUAUGGAGAAUUCAUAGGAACAAGACCAUAGUUACACGAAAAUAUACUUAACAAAUGAGUGACAUAAAUUUUUAUACCCUGUAGGAAACAAAAAACAUUUUCUGUGACUCCCAGAUGUAUAAGUGCAUACAUUUUUAAGCUAUCUUUUCAGCUCCACUUAUUAUGCUAUUCUACUUCCACUACUACGUAUAGAAUUAACAUUCAUUAAAACGAAUGGAAAAUGAAGCAGUUAAAAUUAUUUCUCAAGGUUUCCUUUCUUAUACUUCACAGCUUUUGGGUGAAUAACUAAUUUAACGUGUGAUGGCUGGGACCCCUGGCCUUUCUUUAGCAAGCAGAAUGCAUCAGAGAUCAACCACUAAAGUGAAUGCAAACCAAUUACCAAAUUUCUUUAAUCCACUUUAAUCUGCUGCCUUUGCCUUGUCUCUGAGAUUCUUACCCUUGUCCACGUCCCCUUUAGUCAUCAUAUUGAAAUUGUGUAGUAUCUGUGGGAAAGCAGUAGCUUUAUUGUCUGCUUGAUCUAAGUUUUCUUACCAUGAGCACAAGUCAAAGGGAAGUGCUGUGAAAUUCCACCUAGAAUACCACGUUGCUAAAUCUCAAUUCUACGGCUCAUUAUAGAAAGAAGAUGAAAGAAAAUCUGUUUUGAUUUUAUUUUUAGGGAGUAUUAUGUCACUGCAAUGUGUUUUCAUUGGCAUUGUGCCUAUUUUAAUAUACUUGUCCAUUAAAGUAAUGUAAAAGCAGUUUUUAAUUCUGACACUAAAAAGGGAUCAUUUUAGUAAAAUUAAAAUUUAGCCUGAUAUGAUUUUUAUAUAUAGCAGUCUUUCUUUACAU